CGCGCCGCCAGCCCCGCCCCUCUCGUGGGGCGGACGCACGGCGGGGAAGCGGUGACGCGCUUACGCACGGCGGCGGCGCGUGCGUGACGCAGUUGCCCAUGGUAACGCCGGAGCCGCGCCGAGGAUGGGUUUACUCUCAAUCCUGCGUAAACUGAAGAGCACCCCAGACCAGGAGGUAAGGAUCCUCCUCUUGGGACUGGAUAAUGCAGGCAAGACCACACUCCUGAAACAGUUGGCAUCGGAGGACAUCAGCCACAUCACACCAACACAGGGCUUUAACAUCAAAAGCGUACAGUCCCAGGGCUUCAAGCUGAACGUAUGGGACAUAGGCGGACAGAGGAAGAUCAGGCCGUACUGGAGGAACUAUUUUGAAAACACUGAUAUCCUUAUCUAUGUCAUUGACAGUGCAGAUAGGAAGAGGUUUGAAGAAACGGGUCAGGAGCUGGCUGAGCUUUUGGAUGAAGAAAAGCUUAGUGGAGUCCCCGUGCUCAUAUUCGCUAACAAGCAGGAUUUGCUGACGGCUGCCCCUGCUUCAGAGAUUGCCGAGGGACUGAACCUACACACAAUCCGUGACAGAGUCUGGCAGAUCCAGUCUUGUUCGGCUCUUUCUGGAGAGGGAGUACAGGACGGCAUGAAUUGGGUGUGCAAAAAUGUCAAUGCUAAGAAGAAAUAAAGCGGUGUGAGCUGCAUGGAAAUGGAGGAGCGGUGGGAGCAGAAUUCUAGCCCGAAAACACUAAUUUGCUGCUUUCUGACCAAAUGUUUUUCCAUCUGUGCACAGCUACAGCUGUUAAAAGAAAAAAAAAAAAAGAAAGAAAAAAAAGGGAACAACAUUGGUUAAAAUCUACUGCUGGAUUUGGAACUUGACCUGCUCUUUAGUAUCAUUUUUUAUCCCAAUAAAGGAAUGAUAUAUUUCCUCCC